AUGUCCGGUCUUACACGACGCCGCGGAGGUGCUGGAGGUGCUGGAGGUGCGCAAAGAGGCCUAUUCAUAGAUGGUGUUUGGCACUGCGACUGUACUCCUCGUCAUCUAGCAAACCAUUUCGAGGUGGAGAAACAGGGCCCUAACCAGGGCAAAUGCUUCCGUAUCUGUCAAAAGCAGCAGAACGACAAAUCUCGAUGCAUGUUCUUUUUGUGGGACAGCAAUGCUCAUCCACGUGAGGCAGCAGCUCUUGCAAACAACUCUCGCACCGAGUCCACAUAUACAACUUCGAAAACGCCGCCUAAACGCCCAGCGUCACCUCCACCACCAUAUACAAGCGAUCCAGGACGUCGUAAUUCGGUUCGGAAGCGAAUUCGAGCGGCCAGCCUUGACAUGGACGACGAGUACGACCUCGAAAGCACCGACGAUGCCUUCAAAGAAGAACUGAACAGUGUCAUGACCGCAGUCGAAGCGCCAAGAAAGGCAGCACGGACAAGCGACUUUGUGACGCCCUCGGCAAGACGAACGCUGCUCUGGAAUAAAGAUCGGGCUGCGGCCAACGCCAGUGAGCUGCAGACACCGCAGACAGCUCGAACUGUCCAAGCCAACCCUUUCUCGUCUAUGCUAAGCAGAUCCCCCUUCACUCCCUCUCGCCCAACCGAUGAGAUGCCUCAGACUGCAACACCAUCCUUGUCUCCUUACGAGACGCCUACGCCAAGUCGCUUCAAGGACGUGGGUGGGGAUGACCUUGUCCGCGAUGUCUUUGGCCUCCUGCAAGAUUCCAACAUCAAACUUAGUACACAAACAGAAAGGGACCUUGACAACUUGUUAUCAAAGCACGUCAAGGCUGCUGAAGGUCUUACACGAGGUCGCGAUGUGAUACAAACCAUCAUCAAAGCUCGUGAUGCAAAGAUCACCGAGCUUACCUACCGGAUUGGUACGCUGAAGGUGGAACUCGAAGCAGAAAGGACUAUGGUCAACCACCUACAGUGGGACGCUCAGGCCGAAGAGCAGCCAAAUCCUUGA